GGUUUAUACAGUAGAGUACAACAGAGUAGAGUAGAGUAGAGUAGAGUAGAGUGGUGGAGGCCCAGGGGUCAGAGGCGAAAGGCUUCCCAGCAUCCUCGUUGAUUGGCGAAGAGAUGACGGCCAUCUUGGAUUGUAGCGGGGAAGAAAGAUUGAUGCGGUGACACGAGGUAUGUUUGGUGCUAACCGGAAGAAGUUUAUGGAGGGAGGGGUAGAGAGCGACUACGCAGAUGACUCCAGCCUCUACUACACCCAACAGUCCAUGUUCCCUCCACACCGCCCUGACAAAGACAUGCUGGCGUCUUCCUCUGCUUCCUCAACGGGUCAACUGUCACAGCUAGGAGCCAGUUUAUAUGGCCCGCAGAGUGCUUUGGGGUUUCCCAUGCGUGGUAUGAACAGCAGCGCAGCGCCUCAGUUAAGUCGAAGUGGGUUGAACCAGUCUGCCAGCCAGCUCCCCAGUCAUGCCAGUACACCAAACACUGGCACGAUGCACACGCCACCCUCGCCGAGCAGGGGGAUUCUGCCAAUGAGCAGCCGGAGCGUGCUGAACCACAGCCAGCAGGUGGGGGGUCCGACGGGGCAGACGGGUGGGAUGGGAGGGGUUGCAGUGGAGAGGGGAGGUGGUGGCGGUGUAGGAGGAGGGAGGAGCAGCAGUAUGGGGAGUCCCAGCCGGUCGUCACCCAGCAUCAUCGGCAUGCCCAAACAGCAGCAAGCACGGCAGCCUUUCACCAUUAACAGUAUGUCAGGGUUUGGUGUGAACAGGAAUCCAGGCUACAACAUGAACAACUCCCUAUCCAACAACAUAUUCAAUGGCACAGACGGCAGUGAGAAUGUGACGGGGUUAGACCUGUCAGACUUCCCAGCGUUAGCAGACAGGAGUCGGAGGGACGGAGGCUCGAAUCCAACCCCGCUGCUCAACCCGCUGGCCGGUCGGGCUCCUUACGGUGAGAGACACCUGUUUGGCAUGGUAACAAAGCCGUCCAGUGAGCAGUCGCAGGACUUCUCCAUCCAUAACGAAGAUUUCCCAGCUCUCCCUGGGCCCAACUACCAAACAAAAGACCCCACCAGCACCAACGAAGACAGUAAAACGUGCUCUCACGUCCUGACUCCUCCCUUUUUUUCGGACUGUUUUUUCCCUCCAUUUUUGUCCAAUCAGAAUCUGAACUCAUCAGGAAAGCCCACCUCUAACUCAGAUGGUCCAAAGUUCCCCGGCGACAAGAGCUCUGCGCCUAGCAACAACAACCAGCAGAAGAAAGGGAUCCAGGUGCUUCCUGAUGGGCGUGUGACCAACAUCCCAAUUGGCAUGGUAACGGACCAGUUUGGGAUGAUCGGCUUGCUGACGUUCAUCCGGGCAGCAGAGACGGACCCCGGCAUGGUCCAUCUGGCACUGGGCUCUGACCUCACCACGCUCGGCCUCAACCUCAACUCACCCGAGAAUCUCUAUCCUAAGUUUGCGUCUCCGUGGGCGUCGGCUCCGUGUCGACCGCAGGACAUAGACUUCCACGUCCCCUCAGAGUAUUUAACCAACAUCCACAUAAGGGAUAAGUUAGCAGCUAUCAAGUUGUCUCGGUAUGGUGAAGAUCUGCUGUUUUAUCUCUACUAUAUGAAUGGAGGAGACUUACUACAACUCCUGGCUGCAGUAGAACUGUUUAACAGGGACUGGAGGUACCAUAAAGAGGAGCGAGUUUGGAUCACUCGGGCUCCGGGUAUGGAGCCCACGCUGAAGACCAACGCCUACGAGAGAGGGACCUACUACUUCUUUGACUGCCUCAACUGGAGAAAAGUGGCCAAGGAGUUUCAUCUGGAGUAUGACAAACUAGAAGAGCGACCUCACGUUCCCUCCACAUUCAACUACAAUCCUGCCCAGCAGGCCUUCUGAUUGGCUCUACCUCCUCCUGCCUGCCUGCCUGCCAUUGGCCCUCCUGGCUCGUCAGUCACCACCCCUCUAGGUUUUUCCACCUCCACACACUCAAAGUGAAUCUGGCCAAUAAGGACUCGGGACGGGAGAGGACGUCCUGUCUCCUGCUGUCCCAAAAACACGUCUCUGAACAGACUUUAUCAUUUUAACUCUUCUGAUUUCUGUUUGUUCUUUACCUCAUUUUCUGUUUUUGUUUUUUUUAUUUCCCACCCCUCCUCCAUGAGUUUGGUUUGGUUGGUCUGUUAUGUGGAGCACAGACGUAAUGUCAACAGACAGCACAGUUACAACACACACCGACACACGCACUGUAAAUAACUGUCCAUCUGAUCAUGUGAUCCAUGUUUCUAUUCAGUCUUAAGAAUCGACUAUUUUUGUCUAGAGAAGCUUUUAAGAAGAACCAGAUUUUAAACACAAUCACCCGUCAGGUGGAUAAUUAUUUCACACUGUGUCACACCUCUCUGAUCUUUGGCAGGAAAAUAUUUAUCUUUAUUUUUACCAGGAUUCUCCAGCAGCAUUACAAAUCAACAACACACACACACAAACACAUACACACACACACAAACAUCAGCAGACAGCGGAGAGUCAGGAGAGGAAAUGCAAUGUACAUUGUAGCACUAUUUCAUAAUAAAAGAAGAAAAAAUAUCUUUUUUGGUUUGUUGAUGUUAUGUGGCGACACGUCAAGCAGCAUACGCUUCCUUUUUUCUGUUUUUAAUUUAAUGAAGUGAAGUUUAGCAGCCAGAGACACUCUGAAAGUCACUCUGAGUGGGAUGUGUUUCAGAUUUUAUUUAAUCACCUCCUAAAAAGAAAUCUGACAAUAUUCUGUAUUUCCUCUUAAAGUCAACAAAUCCCAUGUGCAGAUCUGAUCACUAAAUCAACUCGCCACUGUACUUUUUAGCCAACGAUUCUCAAAACAGGAGGAAAUAGUGCAUUUGUUGGGGACUGUUUUUAGCGGCGGAUGAAUCCACAUUUGGUGCUCUCGUAAGUUUUUUCUUCACCAAGUUGCUCCAUAAAAAGGAGGCCUGAUGAGGUGAAAGUAUCCACUAAUUACCAAGGAAAAAUUUAGAAUAAAUCCAUAUUAAUUAGGUGUUUUUUUUCUCACAUAUUUUUGAUCAUCACAUUUAAAAUUCUCCAUCUCAUCAAGUCGGUUAUUUCUAUGAUUAAAUCAUACACUGCUACACCUUCUGCAGAAUUUCCCAAUUAAUUCAUUCAUCAUUUUGGCUAAAAAAAAAAUAGAAAAUAAUUUAGAAUUAAUUAGUUUUCCAAAGCCAAAGUUGACAGCAUUAAUAUCUAAUUAUGUCCAGCAAAACCCAAAGAAAUUCACUUUACUGUGAUAUAAAACAAAGAAAAGAGGCAAAUCUUCACAUUACAGAAGCAUGAAAUGAAUUGUGGAUAUUUUUGCGAUCAAAAAAAGUCCUAACAAGUCUGAAUUUCCGUGUUUCCAAAAGAAAUCUUCCCAGAAAAGAAAUUUAAAAAAAGAAAAUUAGUGUCUGCGUUUUAAGACAAGAAACAAUCUGACUGCUUCUCUAGAGUUUGAAACUUGAUUUUUGAAAAUACUCAAAAAAUAUGACUGUACAUCAGGAGAAGUAUUCUCACUGCGCUGGCAGAAGUGUAAAUCACCACCAAGUCACGCUGUGAUUGGAUCACUGAAACCACUUGCUGACAUGGUCUGGGUCGCAUUUGACCACACGUCUUUUGUAGUGUAGACGCUAGUGCAUCCUGACGGCCCCUGAAAAGGACGAUGUCAUCAAUACGAGACGUAGUUGUUUUGAUGCAAGUGCGCUAGUCUCGCUCACCAGACCUUUCUCAAGAAAAGAAAGGUCUGGCUGGGCCGACUCUCACUUUAAGAUUGGAGAAAAAAACGCCCCGGCUGCUUGUACUUCUUUCAACCAAUCACAAUCAUUCUGGGCGGUGCCACAGCAACGGUGCGCUUGCAAAAAUAUUGCCGGGGGGAAACAGGUUUUGGUGUAACACGCCCACAAAAAUAUCGCCUACAGGACGCGAACCAUGGCAGAAAAAUGGCUACAUCCCCGCAAGAUCAAACACCGCAAAAGUUAGUAAAGGACGUGUUGAAAACGGUUGAAAACUGCUACACAACCGGAGGUGGUAGGGCGGGACUUCAGCGGGUGGCUCGUUCCGCCCAAUGAGAGGCUGAUCUCUGCAGCAAACUUCCGCCCACUCAGACUACAAGUGCGCUAACUCUCUGUAACUUGCCCAUUUUAGGACAAGUUGAAUUAAGUGGUGGUUGCGCUGCUCCCUUAAAGCAGAAGAUUUGAAUCAUCAGUUGUCGACACCUCAGUCUACUAAGAGUCUUCAAGUAGAGCACGAGGUGUACUUCUGGGAAUGUUUUUUGUUCUCAGAUUAACCUGCUGAGUGAGCGCGUCGUGCCUUCACGCUAGAGGAGAGGCUAACGUUCUGCCUUCUGCUAGGAUGUGGUGAAUUUGAAGCUCACAGCAACUUCAUACGAUACAGUCUCUGGCUUUUGUGUCAUAUCCCGUGUCUGCAAGAAAUGUCGUUGCACAUUUGCGAUCCAUCAUUAGUGUAGUUAGCGCACAUUAGCUCAGAGCGCAAACGUGUCUUGUUUUAACGCCACUGUAAUCCCGAACGUCUCGCCAAACCCUGUUCAAACUCCAAAACUCGAUAUGGAAAAGAAGGAACAAAUAGUCGAAUAUUCUUAUUGAACAGUCAAAUCUGAUUCGACUGAUUGUGAGUCAGGCACAACCCUCAGGUUAGGUUAGAAUUUAUGUCUGGUUCCAGCAAAAAUCUUUGUAGAAAUUAGUUUAAAAACAAAAUAGAAAAAGUCUGGUUGCUGCUUGAGAAUUAGGAGUGAAACAGUAUUUUGAAAAUACUUUAAAUUAAUUAAUUAAUAUCAGAAAGAAGUAGAAAUAUUCUUAACUGCACCAACACAUUUCUUUUACGUGUCUUAAGAGAAUACGACUGCAUGGACUCAGGAUUUAUUUUAAUGAGUAUUUGUCGCAGCAGGACGAUAUAUGUGGGACUGAGUCAAUAUAAACUACAGUGUGUGUUCAUGAAGGAACGUCCCCCAGUGUAACAGUGUGGCUCACUGAUGUGUUUUUAAUGGCACAGAGGAGGAAGAUGAAUCAGGCUGUAGAUACACAAAGAAGAAUCAUAAAUCUGACGCUCUGCACAUGGGAUUAAAUGACAAGAAAAACAGAAUAACACCAGACUUACUCUUCAAAAUUAAACAACACAAUGGCCACAAAUUAUCAGAGUAAUAGAAGGAAAUGUGGAUUAUUUUCCUGACGUUAGUCCACAGUUUGGUGGAUUAAAGUACCAGACUAAAAUUAAAAAUGUUGGCAUAUCCCGUUCACACUGACGCAACUCUCCUCCAGUUUUCACCAUGUUCUGUUUCAUGUUUGUUUUAUUUUUUAUCCCGACAUUACAGCUCCCUCCCUCUGCCAGUGAAGGACCCUUCUGUUCCUUCACCUUUUAAUAUUUAAGUUCUACUUUUAUUUCACUGCCCACUUUUAUUGUUUAUUUUCCGCCCGGCAACAGUUCAAACCAAUCAGACGGCUGGAGUGACCUCUCUCUGGAUCUUUAAGGGAAAAGUUUUGAGAAAUGCAUUUGUUCGAUUUCUUGUCCGGGGUUAAUGUUCAGAUUGGCUCAACUCUCGUUUCUGUACGUUAAGAAUAUGAAGCUACAGCCAGAAGACGUUAGCUUAGCUUAGCUUAAAGACAAGUCUUCAUUUUUACAGUUCGGUUUUUAUAAAGAUUUAACAAAUGAGACAGACGGUAACAUUCAGCUUUAGAGGUGCUGUUAGGAGGAUUUUGUUACCUUUGGACAGUCUUUAUGCUAAGCUAACUUAGCCGUCUGCUAGCAUCAGCUUCAUAUUUAUUGUACAGAGGAAGUUCAGCGGGCUUCAAAGCCAACUUUCGUAGCGGCCAAACGAUGACGCUGCAAUUUCCAGGGUCGGUCAUGUGAUGCCCUGCGGACCAGAAAGACUUUUUACCAUAGAAAGACACGUCUGUAGAUUAGUGUAUCAUUUUUGAGCAUCAGAACCCCCAUGAAAUGAUCCGUCUCACUAUCAAGAUUUGAUCCAUUUGGUCUGAUAAGAUUUGGAAAGCCUAGAAGAGCCACAAAACUAAGUCAUUGUAUCCCCAUUCAAGCUAACAGAGCGCUAAAUCAGAAGUUAGCUGUUUGGCUGCCGGAAGUGAAACUCUUGGACGCUAGUGCGUUUGCUCUGUAGGCGGCACAGUGCAAAAGUAGCACAGUUUGUCCAGGUUAUUUAUACGCAGUAGCUGAACCAUUUUGGCUUCAUGUGCCACUGAGGAACUUUUAUAGGAAUAAACGAGGCCCCGUGUUCGACGCUGUAUCCUGGGGUCUCAUUUAUAAACUCUGCAUACUUACAAAAUGAGGCCUGAAAGAGGCGCACACCACUUCCCUCGCAAAGGUUGUGAUGUAUUAAAACAGUAUUGAUAGGGGAAACUUUGACCCAGGCUUACGAACAUUUUGGAUGCAGGAAAUUAGCGAUGCAGAUGGUGAGGUGGAAGCCUGAUUGUAGAAACUGUCAAGUAUUUUUUGGUGCACGCCAUUUUUGGCUUUUUUUUCAUACAUACAUUUUCAGUAUGGAUCCUACGCACUGUUGUAUAAAUGAGACCCCGGGUCUCCUAAUACGUCCAUGCGUGAGAGUGUUAUCAGUCUGAACAUCUAAUCUUGGCAAGAAAGCAAAUGACAUUUCCCCAAAAAUUUGCACCUUUCCUUUAAGGAUCAUUGCCACUCCACAAAAACACAAUGUCUAGCAAAAAAGUCCCAGUAUUUAGGCUAAAUUUCACAAUUUUUUUUCUUUUUAUUAUUUUUAAAAUUCCUCCAGGAGGCACCAAUGUACAUGUAUGUUUGUAUAUUAUAUAUUGGAAUAUAAUUCUACAAACAUACGAGGCAGUAUUUUUAAGAAAAAGAGGAAAAACAAAAAAAUUGCCUGAAACGAGGAGACCCUCUCUUUGCUGGCCGUCAGUUAACGAUGCAAUACUAGACUUCCCGUUACCACGGAAACCACCAUGGAGACGGUUUUACAGGGGACCACGCUCGACAACCACCAACAACCACCUUUUAGCAACAACAACAACAAGGACGUGACCGUGACUACAGGGCCCAGUUUGUUCACACUGCAGCAGCAAAAAGCCAAGGACACGCCCACAGACCCAUGUGACCUGUUUUGAGAAGAUUUGAUUGGAGGAUUGAGGACUGAGGCACUUGGCCAGUUUGGCUGUUUUAUUAAAUAUGGCAGCUAGUGUUUUAAUAGGAAAAAGAAUAAAAUAAAUAUUCUGGUAAUGAAACUGA